AUGAGUAGAGUUGGUGGAGAAAUGGAAGAGAGACUACUAAAUGGGUCAGAGACAGAGCAAAGGAGAGAGAAUCUUUACUUUAGGAAGAAGGUUUGGAAUGAAGUAAGGAAGAUGUGGAGGAUAGCUUUACCAUCGACUUUGUUCAGAGUGACGUCAUUUGGAUGCAUAGUAGUGGCUCAAGUCUUUAUUGGCCACACGAGCGAAACGGGUCUCGCUGCUUAUGCUCUCCUUCAAAGCACUUUCAUACGAUUCAUCUAUGGUGUUAUGGCAGGUAUGUCAAGUGCAACGGAGACGUUAUGUGGACAAGCAUACGGUGCACAACAAUAUGACAUGAUGGGGAUAUAUCUACAACGUUCUUGGUUAAUAGACAUGGUUGUAGCCACUCUCUUUGUUCCUUUCAUCGUCUUCGCGGGUCCUAUCCUCCGGUUACUAGGCCAAAACAUUGAGAUUACCAAGACGGUAGACGAGAUCUACCCUUGGGUCAUCCCUUAUCUCUACAGCCUUGUGUUCACCAUGACAAUGCAAAUGUACCUCCAAGCGCAGAUGAAGAACGCCAUCAUAGGCGUUCUCUCGACCCUAGCCCUGGUCUUGGACAUUGCGGUCACGUGGUUGUGUGUGAGCGUGAUGGGGAUGGGGAUACAUGGUGCGCUUCUAGGGCUUAAUGUAAGCUCGUGGACAGUGGCAAUAGCCGAGUUUGUUUACGUUUUUGGAGGGUGGUGCCCGCAUAGUUGGACCGGCUUUAGCACUGCUGCUUUUGUUGAUCUUGUUCCCCUGCUCAAGUUAUCGAUAUCCUCUGGAUUCAUGCUAUGCUUAGAGUAUUGGUACAUGAGCAUCAUUGUCUUAAUGUCCGGAUAUACAAAGGAUGCGAAUAUUGCAAUUUCUGCCUUCUCCAUAUGCCAAUAUAUAUUCGUAUGGGAGAUGAACGUAAGCUUUGGCUUGAUGGGUGCAGCAUGUGUUCGAGUGGCCAACGAAUUGGGAAAAGGAGAUGCGAAUGCGGUGAAAUUCUCCAUAAAAGUGGUGCUUGUGGUAUCAACAGUGAUCGGUGUGACAUGGUCUGCUCUUUGCUUAGCUUUUGGCGGUGAGAUUUCGUAUCUGUUCUCUGAUAGCCACAAAGUUUCGGAGGCAGUCAGUGAUCUCUCCAUAGUCCUUAGCAUAUCCAUUCUCUUCAACAUCAUCCAGCCCAUUCUCUCUGGGGUUGCAAUUGGAGCAGGGAUGCAGACUAUUGUAGCAUUUGUGAACUUAGCAUCUUAUUAUGGAAUUGGUAUACCUUUCGGUGUCCUCCUUGUUUACAUUUUCCAGUUGGGUAUUAAGGGACUAUGGUCUGGGAUGUUGGUUGGAGUUGGUAUACAAACUUUGAUAUUGUGUUAUGUUAUAUACAAAACUGACUGGGAAAUGGAGGUUAGGAAGACGAACGAUCGUAUGAAAACGUGGUCUCUAAAGUCAUCUAAUGUAGAAUCGAGUACUCUCUCGACGAGCGAUGAAGAGAGGAAGUGA